AUGUCUGAUGCAGACGACUACGUGUUUGGAAGGGAAUAUUCAGAAGGCUUGAGACUGGAAACUCAACAUCUCCUUUUCAAUAUCCAUAAUGGGUAUACAAUCGACCCUAAGAUUCCAAUCACUCCUGAAAUGAAGAUUGCCGAUAUGGGUACAGGUACCGGUAUAUGGCUGCUGGACAUCUCUCGGCAAGUCCCUUCGACAGUACAGCUGGAUGCGUUCGACAUAUCAGACAAACAGUUCCCCCACAAGGACAGCAGGCCCGAUAACAUGAGUUUUCGGACUCUCGAUGCUUUUUCUCAAGUUCCUGAUGAACUGAUUGGAAAAUAUGAUGUAGUUCAUCUGAGACUUUGGUGUUGUAUAGUGCGAGAUUGCAAGACAGCUGCCCUUAUUCAUCACGCUACACGGCUCUUGAAGCCGGGGGGGUAUUUGCAGUGGGAUGAAGCAGACCUUGGCAAUAUGCACAUCAAAGGUGCCGAAGCCGAAGCAGUUGCUGCCCUUCAACGCACCGUCCAAGGAAUCACGCAUUUUGACUACUCGUGGAUACGAGAUCUUCCGAAUCGCUCCAAGGAGGCUGGUCUGGAAGUCUUGAAGUUUGAAACAGAACCAUUUUCUAAAAGCUGCAUAUCAAUCGUUACUAGGGCAUGCAUAAUGGCUUACGUUCCAGGUAUGAAAUCUCUGUAUCAAUCUGGUGACGCAGCUCUACCUCCCCGUGAAGAGGCUGAAGCUUCGUUGGAUGCGUUAAUCAAGGCACUUCCACAUGGCGCUGUAUACCAUUGGACGCCGGCUAGCCUACUAGCCCGAAAGCCAGUUGCAUAA